AUGUUGUAUAACAAGUUACAAUGUCUCCGUAAGGUACAACCUAACUACGACUAUUUCAAGAUAUCACAUGCUGGUCUUAAACGUGCCAGCUCUGAUACUGCAACGAUCUCUGAACGAAAGCAUGUUUACAACAUUUGGCGUAGUGCUAUCUCCAGGAGCCGUAGCUGUAUUGUGGGCAAUAGUUGUCUCAUGUCAAAGCCUCGGUGCACUGAUUGGAUGCUUCAUGGUCACUCCUUUGUUACAUACGUACGGCGUAAAAAGCGCGUUGAUGUUGGGUUCACUGAGCUGCUUCCUGCACAUAUCAGUGUGCUUCGGUACUGCGGUUGCAGCUGUGCUGUCUCUCGGCUUUAUUCUUGGAGGAGAACAUACGUGGGGCUGGCUGUUAUCGCUCCGGCUAUCCUAGAAGGCUGGUGGGCAUCGUGGUUCUAUUUGGGAGCGUUUUUCAUCUUCGGUGUUGGCUAUAAUUUGGGUGUUGGACCUGUUGCAUAUUUUAUCCCUGCAGAAUUGGUACCAGCAGAAGCAGCUGGCGUAUCUCUCGGUGUUGCAGUGGCUGUGAAUUGGUUCUGCUCCAUGCUCAGUACUCUCCUGUAUUAUCCUCUGAAUGAAAGCUUCGGCGGAUGGAGCUAUCUCCUCUUCAUCGUCCCAACAUCGUUCUUCCUGAUUAUUCUUUAUUUCUUUCUACCGGAGACGCGAUUUCACUAUCGAGCUGAACCGAUAGAAGCUCGAUUACUAGUAGAUUUGGGUCCACCGAAUCCAUACGGGACUUUUCAAGAUGAGGCUGACGAUCUAUUUUGA